CGUUCUGUUCUGUUUGAAUCGUCGUUGGGUGUGGACGCGAGUGGCAGCGCUAUAAAUAGGUAUUCUUCCGCGACUCUCGUAUUUCUGGCUGAUGGGGAUGCCCUAACAACUCACUGCACGCUGAGAAUACGCCGCUAAAGUUCAAGUGACAAUUUCCCAAUUCAACGUGAAUUAAUUUCGAAUCGACUUUGGACUGAUCUUCGAAUCAUUUUAUUUACGCAAAUAAUAACGAUAGCGGGUAAAGUUUUCUGUGCAAAAAGUUGUCGUGAAUACAAAAAAAAAAGCGAAAAAAUCUUCGAAAACAUUUCCCAGGCACCCCUCAUACCCAAGUGUAAACCAAUUAACAGAAUUCAUUCUCGUGGAAUAAAUAAAUUGCAAACAAUUAUGAAUUUCAAAUACCAGCCAAGCAUAAUCAAAUGAAAUGUCCGACAAAAUGUGCAUGGAAAUUGCAGCUCAAAGCAAACAACUCGAACCAUAGACCAGAACCAGGGCCCAAGGGCUGUGGUGCAGAGUGUGGCAGAGUGUUGUGGCAGUGGCAAACAGAGUCAAAGAAAGCCGCAAGGCUCACCCACAAUAAUAUAUAAUUGGUAAUAGUACCAGCAGCACACCAUCAGCAGUCGGAACCACACAUUCCAUUGCCACCCCCUCGAAGGACGCAUGUAAGAGUGAUCUGCUGUGCGCUGGUGGGCAGGGCUGGACAGGGCAGGCAAUGCCAAAAUGCCAUCGGCAGAUCAAAUCUUGUUCAUAAAUGUCACCACAACGGUGGCAGCGGCGGCUUUAACCGCGGCAGCCGCUGUCAGCACAGCGCCGGAAGGAGCUGCAGGCGGAUCGACGAACGAAUCGGGAACGGCUGUCAGCGUUGCCACCGCCGCCAGCGGUAGCCAGGCGGACGCAGUGGGCGGACGCGGCGGAGCAUCAGCCACCGAAACUGCAGCCAAUAUAUCCGGCUCGCUGGUGGAGGGACUGACCACAGUGGCCGCCGCACUGACAUCGACGACGGGCACCAGCGCGGCCGAGUCGGAGGAGUGCGGCGCCGGGGCUGUGGAGGAGCUGCACGCCAGCAUUCUCGGGCUGCAGCUGGCCGUGCCGGAGUGGGAGGCGCUGCUGACCGCGCUCGUUCUGUCGAUAAUUAUCGUGCUAACCAUUAUAGGAAACAUCCUGGUGAUUCUGAGCGUGUUCACCUACAAGCCGCUGCGGAUUGUGCAGAACUUCUUCAUCGUUUCGCUGGCAGUGGCCGACCUGACGGUGGCCCUGCUGGUGCUGCCCUUCAACGUGGCCUACUCGAUCCUGGGCCGCUGGGAGUUCGGCAUACACCUGUGCAAGCUCUGGUUGACCUGCGACGUGCUCUGCUGCACCUCCUCCAUUCUCAACCUGUGCGCCAUAGCCCUGGAUCGCUACUGGGCCAUCACCGAUCCCAUUAACUAUGCCCAGAAGCGGACAGUGGGCCGGGUGCUGCUGCUCAUCUCCGGCGUGUGGAUACUCUCGCUGGUGAUCAGCAGUCCGCCGCUGAUCGGCUGGAACGAUUGGCCCGAUGAGUUCACCAGCGCAACGCCCUGCGAGCUCACCUCGCAGCGGGGCUAUGUCAUCUACUCCUCGCUGGGUUCGUUCUUCAUACCGCUGGCCAUCAUGACGAUUGUCUACAUCGAGAUCUUCGUGGCCACGCGGCGGCGUUUGCGAGAGCGGGCCAAGGCCGCCAAGCUGAACACGAUGGCUCUCAAGUCCACGGAGCUGGAGCCCAUCACCAACUCCUCGCCGGCUGCAGCAUCGUCCUCGAAGUCUCGCGCUCUGACCAAUUGGCUGUGCUGCGGCCGGGACCGGGCCAACUUCUCCACGCCCAUGAUCCAGAACGAUCAGGAAAGCAUCAGCAGCGAGACCCAUGGGCAGCAGGAGGGCACAAAGACGGCCACCAACAACGAUCAGCAGCAGCAUGUGGUGGUGCUGGUGAAGAAGUCGCGUCGCUCAAAGAUCAAGGACUCCAUCAAGCACGGCAAGGCACGGAGUGGUCGCAAGUCCCAGUCCUCGUCCACCUGCGAGCCCCAUGGCGAACAGCAGCUCCUGCCUGCUGGCGGGAGUGGGGGCAGCAAUGCAGCAGCUAAAUCCGAUGCAGAGAUCAGCACAGAGAGCGGCAGCGAUCCCAAAGGAUGCAUUCAGGUCUGUGUGACUCAGGCCGAGGAACAGACCUCGCUCAAGCUGACGCCGCCACAAUCAUCGACUGGCGCCGGUGCAGUGUCCGCCACACCGCUGCAGAAGAAACCAAGCGGCGUGAAUCAGUUCAUCGAGGAGAAACAAAAGAUCUCAUUGUCGAAGGAGCGGCGGGCAGCCCGAACUCUGGGCAUCAUCAUGGGCGUCUUUGUCAUCUGCUGGCUGCCCUUCUUCCUCAUGUACGUCAUCCUGCCCUUCUGCCAGAGCUGCUGUCCCAGCGAUAAGUUCAAGAAUUUCAUCACCUGGCUGGGCUACAUCAACUCCGGCCUCAAUCCGGUCAUCUACACCAUCUUUAACCUGGACUAUAGGCGCGCCUUCAAGCGGCUGCUGGGCAUGAAGUAAGGAAAGGAUCGACCGGCACUAGAGGGCAGAGCAUUACUCAAGGUUUGUGCCAAACUUAAGGGAGUGAGAUCACGGAAACAAAGAGCCGAAAGUUGGCCUGGCAAAGAGUACUCGGCCCCAAAGCGGAGGGAUACAUGUACUCUGUUAGAUACUCAUGCGAAAGGGGCCUACGAAGCCUCUCCAGCAAAUCACACAUCAAAAUUAUGCAAUAAAAACUAAAUAAAAAACCACACAUAAAUACUUACCAGUCCAUACAUAGUCCAUUGCAUAGCUGCAUGCAUAAAUACACACAUAUAUCGUUCCACACAGGAUAACAAACAUGAAAUUGAAUUUAAUAAAAUUAAAUGAAAUGUUUAGGCACAGGAUUGGUGGCAGAAAACCCGUCGCGUUUCACUCUAUGCCUACUACAACAGCAAAAACAAAACCAAAAAAAAAAAGAAAAACGAAAAAAGAAAAAGAAAAGUGUUAGUAAAAUUAAAUUUGCGCUCA